UCAGAGGUCAUGUAGCUGCUUGGUGUGUUAAUGGCUGUUUCCUGCUCUGUUUGUCUCUCCAGGAACCAAUAACGGUACUAUCAGUUCCUGGUUGUUUUCUGUGUGUUUGUGCCGGGAGGCUGACUGAUGUUAGCUUCCCAGAUGUCUGCCACAAUGACCACCAUCGUCCAUGACACUGCCGAGGCGGUGUGUCUCUCCUCGGAGUACAACCUCUACCUCAAACCCAUCGCCAAGAUCACCAUCAGCGUGGCUCUGCCCCAGCUCAAGCUGCCGGGAAAGAGCAUCUCCAACUGGGAGGUGAUGGAGCGGGUGAAGGCCAUGGUGGCUCCGGAGCAGUUCUCCGCCCUGCGGAUCUCCAAGAGCACCAUGGACUUCAUCCGCUUCGAGGGCGAGGUGGAGAACAAGACGGUGGUGAAGAGCCUGCUGGGCCGCCUGGACGCCAAGAGCAUCAAACUGAGUGGAUUCACUGACGUUCUGAAGGUUCGUGCAGUAGAGAACAAAGUCGACUUCCCCACUCGUCACGACUGGGACUCAUUCUUCCGGGACGCUAAGGACAUGAACGAGACUCUGCCUGGAGAGAGACCUGACACCAUCCACCUGGAGGGACUGCCCUGCCGCUGGUUCAGCCAGAAGGACAGCCCGUUCCCUGAUCGGCCGUCUGAAGACGUCCUCAUCGCAGUCUUCCAGUCCUUCGGCAAGGUGCGUAACGUGGACAUCCCGAUGCUGGACCCGUACCGAGAAGAGAUGCUGGACAAGAACUUCAACACGUUUAGUUUCGGAGGCCAUCUGAACUUCGAGGCGUACGUCCAGUACCAGGAGUACUGCGGCUUCACCAAGGCCAUGGACACCAUGCGCAGCAUGAAGCUGAUGCUGAAGGGAGACGACGGCAAGGCCGUGGCCUGCAACAUCAAGGUGACUUUUGACACCAGCAAGCACCUGAGUGAGUUGGCCCUGAAGAGGAGGAGUCUGGAGAGGAUGAAGCUGCAGGAGCUGGAGAGGCAGAGGGAGGAGCAGAAACGGAGGGAGAAGGAGGAGGAGGAGCGGCGCAAGGAGGAGGAGAGGAAACAGAAGGAGCAGGAGGAGGAGGAGAAGGAGAGGAGGAAGGAGGAGCGGAUACGGAAGCGAGAGCAGAAGCUGCGGGAGCGAGAGGAGAGGAGGAACCUGAAGAAGGUGAGGAGGCAGCAGGAGGAGGAGCAGAAGAAGCUGCAGAUGAAGAUCGCCAUGGAGGAGAGGAGGCUGCUGCUGGCGCAGCGCAACCUGGAGUCCAUCAGGCUGAUCGCUGAGCUGCUGGCCAGAGCCAAGGCCCUGAAGCAGCAGCAGCAGGAGAAGGAAAGGGCAGAACGGGAGGAGCAGGAGAGGCAGGAGCAGGCUCGCCAGAAGGAGGAACUGGCUCGUCUCCAGCAGCUGGAGGCCUGCAGACGGCAGCAGGAGGAGGAGCUCCGCAGGGUGGAGGUGGAGAAGGACCGGGCGCUGGAGCUCCAGCGGCGCGAGAAGGAGCUGAGGGAGAAACUCCUCUGCAACCUGCUGAAGAAGGGCAGCAGCAAGACCUCCAGAUCUCCUGGCUCCCAGGAGCAGGCCGGCCCCGUAGGGAGCGAGGAGGCCCCGGAGCCCGGAGGAGACGACGUGAUGCUGGGGGUCCUGGGCCGCAUGUACGGAGUAAAGGAGGAGAAACAGGCCUCCAAAUCUGGCGUGAACUCCCAAGUUUUGGGCAAAAACAGAGCGGCGGACGAGAGGAGAGGAGUGGAGGACAGAAAGAAAGAGCGGGAGGGGAGGAGGGAGGAGGCGCUGAGGGAGCGAGCCAGAGACCACCGCCCCCACAGAGAGAGGAGCUCCCACAGCCGGGGCAGGAGGAGGAGGCGCUCCCACAGCUACAGCAGCAGCAGCAGGAGGAGAAGGAGCUCCAGUCACCGGAGGAGGAGCCCCAGAAGGAGCCUGAGUCACCAGGGCAGGAGGAGGCGCAGCCACAGCCACGGCAGCAGGAGCACCAGCUCCAGCCGGGACAGGAGCAGGAGCAGCAGCGGGAGGAGUCACAGCCGAGGGAGGAGGAGCAGCAGGCACCGUAGAUACAGCAGAGGGAGGAGCAACAGCCACUACAGAUACAAGAGACACAGCACCAGCAGAGAGAGGAGCAGAGAGAGGAGCAGAGAGAGGAGCAGAGAGAGGAGCAGAGAGAGGAGCAGCUCCAGACGACGCUAACAGCAACAAUAGCACCAGUUUAGGAAAUUCCCACUUUCUGAGCUGACACCUGAAGUGCAACCAGUUCCACACUGCAAAAAAAGGUCUAAAAACCAGAUCAAACAGUAAAUCUGAGGGAAAUGAUCUCGCUGCAUGGACAGAUAAUUUACCUUGACAAGAUUUAUUAAAUUAAGAUUAUUAAAUCUAGAAGACAAGAUAAACAAAGUAAUAAAACUCUAUAUACUAUCUUGGUAAGAAACAAAUCAGGUCACUCUGCUCGGGCCAGUUCAUCACUGCUGGCAGCUUUCAUUUAUCUGGUUUUAAGAAUUAAUUUCUUAUUCUUCUGACAUUUUUUUUUCUGUUUUUCUGACAAUUUUUUUUCUGUUUUUCUGACAAUUUUUUUUCUGUUUUUCUGACAAUUUUUUUUCAGGUUUUCUGACAAUUUUUUUCAGUUUUUCUGACAAUUUUUUUUCAGUUUUUCUGACAAUUUUUUUUCAGUUUUUCUGACAUUUUUUUUUCUGUUUUUCUGACAAUUUUUUUUCUGGUUUUCUGACAUUUUUUUCUGUUUUUCUGACUAUUUUUUCAGUUUUUUAUUAAAUCUAGAAACAAGCAUGUUGAACGCUUAAAAUGAGAAAUUAACUCUUAAAACCAGAUCAAUUAUCUAACACUUCUAAAUCUAAAGUUUUUUUUUUUUUUAUCUUGGUAGAAACAAAUACUUAAUAAUUUAUCUUAUUUUAAGAGUUAAUUUCUUAUUUUAAGCGUUCAACAUGCUUAUUUCUAGAUUUAAUAAUCUUAAUUUAAUAAAUCUUGUCAAGGUAAAUUAUCUGUCCAUGCAGCAAGAUCAUUUCCCUCAGAUUUACUGUUUGAUCUGGUUUUUAGACACAACUUUUUUUGCAGUGCAGUAGAAUAAUAGAUAUUUUUGCCCCCUUAGUUAAGUAAUGUGACAUUGCAGCAAAUGGCUUUCUCUAGAAUAGGGCAGAUUGGCAACAAAAAGCAAAAUAAUUUGGUUACAGCUCCACAGAAUAAAGUAAAUCAGCAUAUGUCUGUAUCUCCUGUGGUGUGUUUAAGGCAUGUAAAGUGUUGCAGUUGAUUCUAGGGAGUUGCUUUUAGCUUUUAUUUGAUUUUUUUAAGAUGUUUUUUUGGCCAUUUAUUGAUAGAGACAGAGUGAAGGGGGAGACAGACCGGGAUUCGAACCCGGGCCUCCCGCUUAAAGGAACACCACCGUUUUUUCAUAUUAAAACAUAUUAUUGGGUCAAGUAAGACGAGUUGAUACAGACCUCUUGCGUCUCAAUGCGUGCACUCAAUCGCCCUGGCGCGCGGCUCCACUUGGCUAGCACUUAGCUUAGCCCAGUUCAUUCAUUAGGAUCCAAACAGAUGGACAGUUAGAAGCGACCAAACUCCUCCACGUUUUCCCUAUUUAAAUACAGCUACACGAGUAGUUAAACGACCAAGUAUGGCCACACAAAAUAAAACGUGGCGCUUUUCUAAGCGGAUAAAAAGGAGAACUAUAAUGUAUGGCGGAAUAGCACUUGGGAGCACUUCGACUCGGCGCAGUAAUAUCAUCACUCCUGAGGGGAGAAGAUUUUUCAGGGUCAACUACUCGUGUAGCUGUAUUUAAAUAGGGAAAACGUGGAGGAGUUUGGUCUCUUCUAACUGUCCAUCUGUUUGGAUCCUAAUGAAUGAACUGGGCUAAGCUAAGUGCUAGCCAAGUGGCGCCGCGCGCCAGGGCGAUUGAGUGCACGCAUUGAGACGCAAGAGGUCUGUAUCAACUCGUCUUACUUGACCGAAUAACAUGUUUUAAUAUGAAAAAACGGUGGAGUGUUCCUUUAAGGACAGUGCCUCUAUGGUACGCGCUCUACCAGAUGGGACGCCCCUAGCUUUUAGCUUAUAGCUUUUUUUAAUUUCCCUCGUACUUCAUCCUGUUGGAUUCAAGCUGCUGACAACUGUUAUUUUCUCAACAUGUUUAAUGUGUUUAACACCAACUUCAUGGUGUGAAACACCAGAUGUACUGUAUGGUUUCUAGAGUAUUAUUCUUUGCCAUGUGUGAAAGACAUUGUUUCAACUGAAGUCCACUAAAACUUUAACAGACAAUAGAAUAAUUUGAUUCUUAAUGUGUGAUUUAAAGGCUGAUAUCAUGGACAGACCAAAUAUCUGCUGAUCUACAUUUUCUGCAAGCAAGUUGUCUUUGCAUGAACGAGAGUGAGUUCUAGAAAGUGCAGAGAACAAAUUGUUGUUGAUAUUUUGAGCCUUCAGAAAAUAAAAAAAACAGCCUUGUGUACUGACAUGUAUUAGCAUGAAACGUUCAGUCCUCAUGGAGGCUGUUGUUGUUGUUGUUGUGGGUGAAUUAUAGGAGGACUAGAGGCUGCUGUUCAAUACUAAUGUGAAUUAUCCACACUGCAAAAAAGGUAAAAGGUGUGUCUAAAAACCAGAUCAAACAGUAAAUCUGAGGGAAAUGAUCUUGCUGCAUGGACAGAUAAUUUACCUUGAUAAGAUUUAUUAAAUUCAGAUUAUUAAAUCUAGAAAUAAGCAUGUUGAACACUUAAAAUAAUAAAUUCACUCUUAAAACCAGAUAAAUUAAAGCUGCCAGCAGUGAUGAACUGGCCCGAGCAGAGUGACCUGAGGAUUAUUUGGUUCUUAUCAAGAUUAAAAAAAAACUUUGACAGACACAAAUUGACCAAAAAAAGACACAAAAUAAUUAAAAAAAAACACAAAAGUACCAAAAUUAUAUGUAAAAAUGUAUAGAAAAGGCACGAAUUGACCAAAAAAGACACAAAAUGAACAAAAAAGACAAACUGACGAUGUAAAAAUGACCACUAAAAAGACACAAUGAUGAAAUUAACUCUUAAAACAAGAUACAUUAUUUAACACUUCUAAAUCUAAAGUUUUUUUUUUUAUCUAGGUAAGAACCAAAUAAUUUGCAGUGCACUCUGCUCGGGCUAAAAAUGGAAAUUUUAAAUUAAAAAGUCAUAGUUUUUAGAUAAAAAUAAGUUGAAAUAAUGAGAUAAAGUCAUAAUUAUGUGAUAAAAGUUGAAAUGAGAUAAAAAGUCAUAAUUUUGAGAUAAAAAAAUUAAAAUAAUGAGAUAAAAAAAAAAGUCAUACUUAUGAGAUAAAAAGUUGAAGUCAUAAAAUUAACUCUUGAAACAAGAUAAAUAAUCUAACACUUCUAAAUGUAAAGUUUUUUUUAUCUUGGUAAGAACCAAAUAAUCAUCAGGUCACUCUGCUCGGGCCAGUUCAUCACUGCUGGCAGCUUUACUUUAUCUGGUUUUAAGAGUUAAUUUAUUAUGGUGUCUUUUUAGUGGUCAUUGUUACAUCUAUUUUUGGUAAUUUCACAUCUUUUUUGUUCAUUUUGUGUCUUUUUAAUGGUCAUUAUAUGUCUUUUUUGGUCAAUUUGUGUCCUUUUUUUGUCAAUUUGUGUCUUUUUUUGUGUGUUUUACAUAUAUUUUUGGUAAUUGUGUGUCUUUUUUGGUAAUUUUGUGACUAAAAGAAGAUGUAAAAAGACACAAAAUGACCCAAAAGAGACACAAAAAGACAUAAAAAAGACCAAAAUAAAAGGCACAAAAAAGACCAAACAAAAAAUGACACAAAAAAGACAAAAAGGCAUAAAACUACCAAAAAAAGAAACAAAAGAUGUAAAAUGACCAAAAAAGACAUAAAAAGACAAAAGAAAACCACCCAAAAAAAGACACAAAAGAGUUAAAAUCGCCAAACAAGACACAAAAAGUUUUUAUUUUAUUUUUGUAAGAACCAAAUAAUCAUCAGGUCACUCUGCUCGGGCCAGUUCAUCACUGCUGGCAGCUUUAUUUUAUCUGGUUUUAAGAGUUAAUUUCUUAUUUUAAGUGUUCAACAUGCUUAUUUCUAGAUUUAAUAAUCUUAAUUUAAUAAAUCUUGUCAAGGUAAAUUAUCUGCAGCAAGAUCAUUUCCCUCAGAUUUACUGUUUGAUCUGGUUUUUAGACUAAACAUCUUUUUUACAGCGUACAGACCAUAGACCUCUAUGAGCAGACUGACCUGCUAAGUGAUUUUAUUAGCUGCCUGAAAUACUUGUUGGGAUAUUUCUUCAGUAUUUGCUGCGAUUCUGAUAAGCAGCUCAGAGAAUUAACAGACUGACCUACAGAGUCUAACUGCAGUAACUAGUAAAGGGUUAAACUGAGAAAAAACUACUUUCAAGUUUUUAAUUUCAACGUUUUUAACUGGCCAACCAAAUUAGUUUUAUGUAGAUUAGAAGUGAUAUGACACAUAUUUCUACAUGUUUUGAUGAUGUCAUUUAUAAGCUCAAAAAUUGUGAUGAUUUAUUUGACCUUUGACCCCAAAAAUGUAGUUACUGCGAGUGCAGUAACUAUAAUGUUGUUGUCUUCUUUCAGCUUUUAUAAUUUGUUUUCAGUGAAUAAACAUUUUCAAAUUGAUUUUGUUUAUAAGAGUAUUUAAAAAUCUAUUCAAAGACUUGUUUUUUUCAGACUUAACAUUAUAAAGUAAUAUUAUAUUUUAAUCUUAAUGUCAUUUUUAUCUCACUUUUUACUUAUAAUAAUUUCAAAUAAACGUAUAAUUUCUAUUAUUUUCAUGUUUAAAUUCAUAUAUAUAUCCAAAGCAGACUGUGGUAAGUGCAAUUACUGCUUGGUUUUGAGUUGGAUUUUGUGGCUUUUAUGUCAUUAUUUCUCUGAAAUAAAGCAAAAUUGAAAUCUAAAACUUUGUCACAAGAUAAAACCAACAUCAAGGAGUUCAUUUUUAGUUAUAAAAUCAAUUUUGACCGAAAAUGUAGUUACUGCAGUUAGACUUUGUAGGACAAAACAGACCUGAGGUUGAGCUUGUUUAAAUGACUGAAUGUUUGGAAGAAGUUUGUGAAUUUAAAUUUGAGACCCGACUCUGCAAGAAUUUAUGUCAUAUUCUUUAAGAGUUUUCAAGAGAAGUCUGGGUCAAAGUUUCAUUGUUUUAGAAAACCAGCUUCUGUGAUUCAAACCAAGUAAAAAAAAAAAAGACACUAGGUUAAAACUCCUGAGUUGUGUCGUGCAGGAUUUAUUUGUUUCCAGAAGUCACUGAACACCAAUAUUUUUUUUUGUGCCACUGCUAUGUCGACUCUGUUACUGUCAUGUGAACUGUAUGCUCAUGAUCUACUCCAGCAUGUCUUGCCUACAUGCAAAAAUAAAAGAUCAACCUGUAAAGUUUAA